CCGCUCCUCCUGCCACCUCUGCGUCAUGGGGCUCCUCAUCAAGAAACGGCGCAAGGCGGCCUCGCGCGGCGAGGCGCAGUGCGAGCAGGAUGAGCCGCCGACGCCCGAGCCUGCGCCUGCGCCUGCGCCUGCCGCUACACCGUCGAUUCAGCCGUCGGCGGCGAGGCCUCUGAUGGCACCGCCGGAAGGCACCAGACAGGCAGCGGCCGAGUGGGCCCGCCGCCGCCGGGAGUCUGCCGAGUCUCAGCCGCGCAGCGUUAGCGCAGCCGCUGUGGGUAGCACGGAGCCCGAUGCCGCUGCGCCUAUUCAUAUUGGGGACACCGCCAACGUGCCUGGCCAAGUCCUCCCCGCCGAUGGCGAGCAGGGCGGCGCCGAGGGCGGCGUGGACAGUGGCGACGGCACCGGCGAGGGUGUCGCCGAGGGCGGCACGGCGAAGCACGAAUCGCCGCGCAACGGCCGGCCGCCCGCCGCGUCACCGCGGGGCAAGGAGCGCAAGGUGGCGCAGGGCGAGCCGAGCUGCGACGAGGGAUUCUCCUUUGCGUACGGCCCGGCCAACUUUGGCUUUUGCUACGUGUCCCUCGAGGAACGCGAAGGGCUCAACUUGCAGGUGAGCACUCCCGACCAAAUUGAGGACACCUGCUGCGGCUAGAGCGCCACCAGCGACAGGGC